CGCCCCCAUGCCUGACCCCCGUGUUGCCCAACCCCCCUGCUACCCGGACUUCCUCUGUUGCCUGAACCCUGCCUCUGCCUGAAUUCCUUUAGUGCCUACGCCCCUCUUUUGCUGAUUAAACCCUUUUUCUGUUGCCUGAACCUGUUCGUCUCUGCCUGAAGCCCCACCUCUGCUGACUGAACCCCCUCUCCUGAUUGAACUCCUUCUCUACUACCUUAACUCAGCUAUCUGAACCCCCAUCUCUGCUCUCUGAGCCCCUUCUGCUGAUUGAACCUCUUCUCUGCUGCCUAAACACUCCCGUCUCUGCCUGAAUCCCACUUCUGCUGAGUGAACCCCCUGGCUGCUGCUUGUGACCCCCCCCUUUGCACAAAUGACCUCCCCCCACGUUUUUGUCCGCGCCACGGCCCAGGGAGAGUUCUUGUGGACGUAACAGGCGUCAGCAGCUGUGCUUCCCUGCAGAGACACGGCCAACAGAGCAGGCCUUUUCCUCCUGUGUUAAUUCUUUGGUCAUCGUCAGCUCCCCAGGCUGGAGGGUUGUGGAUUCCAUUUGGGAAAAAAAUAAUCUAGACGCAACCCUCAGGAGAGAAUCUGGCUGUUCUCUUUACGAAAAAAGUUCAGGUGCAUGCGUGUGGGGCAGUCACCUCUGGCAUCCAGCGUCUGGUGACAGGCCAGCCCCCUACCUUUGCCCUCCAGGGUCGCGUUGGCGUUAAGAUCGCCAGCAAACGGCCAGAAACCACCGUGCGAAUUUCUUUGCAGGGUCCGUCGCGCCGGACCUGCCAGCACCGUGCUUGUGCCAAGUCCUCACGGCCGCCACAUGCGUCUCCAGCAUGACGGACGCCGCGUACGUCCUCUGCAGAUGGAAGGAGCGGUUGUGGCCUGCAAAGGUUUUGGCCAGAACCCAGGUGUCAGCGACAACUAAGAGAAAAAAAGGAUUUUUUCUAAAUGUUCAAAUACUCUCCGUAGACAAAAAAGUAAGGGUGAGAAGCACGGAAGCCAGGACCCUGGAGAAGUCCCACAUCGAAGACAUAGCCUCCUUGCUGGCCUCACAGAAGGACGUGCCUGCCGAGCCCGUGGAGGAGCUGACCUAUAGGCGGGCGCUCCGGGUGGCUCUGGACAUUCUGAAUGAGGGGACCUGUCUGCGGCCAGAGGACAUGGCACAGGGAGAGGGAGCCGCUGGGUCUGCGGGAGGGGACCCCACGGACUCGAUCACUGCACACUGCGACCCCAGCCCUCCGCCCCCUGUCCCCACGGUCGUGCCGGCCAGCUCUGGGCCCGAGAGGAGGGAGCGUGUGCGCCAGAGCCUGGCAGGCUCGCCCACCUGCGGAGAGGACCCCAGGUGCCGAGGGGACCCCGAGAAGCGGCUUGGGGAGAACGAGAGGCCUCUCGCCCUGGUGGUGUCAGCCAGAGGUGGAUCCAGGACACACCUUGAAGACUGGCCGGCCCCGAGUCGAAGGACGAGAAGUUCGCCACGGCAGCCCAGAGGGCAGCAGGCUGGCCCUCUGCUCUCGGAGGGCGGCCGGGGCAAGGGGGACGAGGACUCGCCUGGCCGUGGGGCAGCCCCGAGCUCAGCCCCCCAGGCUAGGGAGCGGAGUCUGCGGGCCAGGGUGUGCCACGAGGCCUGGCCAGGCGACGGCCCCCCUGUGCGCCCUGCCUGCCCGGACACGCAAGGCCCCGCUGCGAAGCAGCUGUGCUUGGCCGGGAGCCUGGACUCCGGGCCUAGGGGCCGGAUGACUCUGCGCAGCACCCCCAAGCCCGGCGUGCCCGUGGAUGGCUCGAGGCUACGCAUCCCGGACGAAGACGGUCGGUCUUCCGGAGAGUCGGUGGAGUCGGACCCCGUCCAUCCCAUCCUGGAGGACGAGGACGAGGACGAGGACGAGGAGCCCCCAAGGAUCCUCCUGUACCACGAACCGCGUUCAUUUGAGGUGGGGAUGCUGGUCUGGCUGAAGUACCAGAAGUACCCGUUCUGGCCGGCAGUGGUCAAGAGCGUCCGCAGGAGAGACAAGAAGGCCAGCGUGCUGUUCAUCGAGGGCCACAUGAACCCCCGGGGGCGAGGCAUCACAGUUCCCCUCAAGAGACUGAAGCACUUUGACUGCAAGGACAAGCAGGCGUUGCUGGACGAGGCCAAGGCGGACUUCAACCAGGCCAUCGGCUGGUGCGUCUCCCUGAUCACCGACUACAGGGUCCGGCUCGGCUGCGGCUCCUUUUCCGGCUCCUUCCUGGAGUACUAUGCGGCUGACAUCAGCUACCCCGUGCGCAAGUCCAUCCAGCAGGACGUGUUGGGGACGCGCUUCCCCCAGCUCUGCCAGGAGGACCCCGAGGAGCCGGAGGCGGGCAGCCCCUGGGGCAGGAGGCCGCCCCGCAGGAAGGUGCUCCCCGACCGCUCGCGGGCCGCCCGCGACCGCGCCAACCAGAAGCUGGUGGAGUUCAUCGUGCGGGCGCGAGGCGCCGAGGGCCACCUGCGCGACAUCCUGCGCAACAGGAAGCCGUCGCGGUGGCUGAAGACCUUCCUGCGGUCGGGCCAGUACGUGACGUGCGUGGAGACGUACUUGGAGGACGAGGAGCAGCUGGACCGCGUGGUGAAGUAUCUGCAGGGGCUCUGCCAGGACGCGGACGGCCGGGCGCUGGCGCGCAGCAGCGGGGACCGGAUCCGCUUCAUCCUGGACGUGCUGCUGCCCGAGGCCAUCAUCUGCGCGAUCUCGGCGGUGGACGCGGUGGACUACAAGACGGCUGAGGAGAAGUACAUCAGAGGACCGUCGCUUGGCCACCGGGAAAAAGAAAUAUUUGAUAACCAGCUCCUGGAAGAAAGGACCCAGCGAAGCUGACGCCGGCGUGGCCAUCGGGCGCGGUGGGGGCCACCGGGGCCGUCGCGUCCCUCACACAGUUUCAAGGACGGCCUCGGGACGCGCGCGCCUCCCACGGGUCCGGGUUUCUCUGCCUGGCUCCGGGGAGUGCACAGUUCUGCAGAGUUUCUAGAAGGACAGAGUGGUCUCUUACGUUCUCUCGUCACAUGUGGCUGUACUGAAUGGUUUAAGGUACACGUUUGUCUUUUUAUGUUAAAAAGCAUCGUAUCCGACAUUAAACUGGAGUUUUAAGAAGA